GUGUUUGUGACAAAGAAGAGUAUCAUUUUCCUAUGAAAUUUGUACGCCAGAUUUGUGAUUGAAGGUUCUCCUUCUUAUGUUUCUGAAAACACUAUUGACAUAUGUUGUUGAAAAUGCAAUACCAUUUAUCAAUAGCUACCAAAUUUCUCCUCCUCUUUCUCUUUUCUACGAACUUGAAUUGUUCAAACACUCAGUCAUGGAUCGAAGCCGGUUACCAUUACACAGGUAUUGAAUUCCCUGUCUCUGACAUAGAUUCCACAUUGUUCACUCACCUUAUAUGUGGUUUUGCCCAUAUAAACUCUUCCACUUACCAGCUCUCAUUCAACUCCUCCACCCAACAAGAAUUCUCCACUUUCACAAAUGUUGUCAAGCGCAAAAACCCAGAAGUCACAGCCUUGCUAUCCAUCUGGGGUGGAGGAGGAGACUAUUCAGUGUUGUUUUCAUUGCUGAACCAGUCUUCUCACCGGAGAUCUUUCAUUGAAUCUUCAAUAACGACAGCUAGACUUUAUGAGUUUGAUGGGCUAGACCUUAAAGGGGCUGUACCAAGAACAAGCAUGCAUACCAGAUCUUUGGGAACAUUUCUAAAUGAGUGGCGUGCUGCGGUGGAUUCUGAAGCAAAAAAGUCAGGAAAGUCAGGUUUGCUCUUGACAAUGGCACUUUAUCAUCAUAUGCAGGUUAUGGACACCAUGACGUAUCCGAUUGACUCAAUUAAGAAGAACUUAAAUUGGGUUCAUCUUGUGGCAUAUGAUUACUAUCUUCCGAAAGAGGAAAAAUUCACACACCCUCAUGCUGCUUUAUAUGACCCAAUAUCAAAUGGGACUAACACGAAUAGCCGUGUUAAGGACUUGAUAAGCAGAGGACUACCGGCUAGCAAGCUGGUUUUAGGCUUGCCUUACCAUGGUUAUGGUUGGACUCUUGUGAAUACCAACGACUAUAAUGUUGGUGCAGCGGCAUCAGGUCCUGCGGUUACCAUAGACGGGUCCAUGGCCUAUAAGUACAUCAAAUGGUUCAUUAAGACAUAUGGAUAUGGUGCAGUUCCUAUGUACAAUGACACUUAUGUGGUGAAUUACUGCACAAUUGGGUCAAGUUGGAUUGAUUUUGAUGAUGUAGAGGCUAUCAGCGCGAAAGUUUCUUAUGCUAAGAAGAUGGGGCUUCUUGGCUACAGUGUGUUUCAAGUUGGCAAUGAUGACAAUUGGGUUCUCUCUAGGGCAGCAGCUCAAAAGGAAGGAGGUCAACAGAACAAGAAACGGUUAGUGGUGAUUGUUCUGGUCACAAUUGCUAUGAUUAUCCUACUGGGAACAAUGAUGUGUUACCUACAGAGGAGAGUACUCAAGUCAAUUGGGAUUAUAGACAACAUAAAAAGAUCAGUUUAUAGGCUAUUAAAUAUAGUUCCAGGUACAGACAGUCUUGACGGCAAUGCUCCUAAUCUACAAGUAUUUAGUUAUGCAACCAUCAAAGCAGCUACAAACAACUUUUCAAGUCAAAAUAAGCUUGGAGAGGGUGGCUUUGGACCUGUAUACAAGGGUACAUUAAGGAAGGGUCAGCAAAUAGCAGUGAAAAGACUUUCGAAAACUUCAAACCAAGGCCUUGAAGAGUUUCAAAAUGAGGUUACACUUACUGCAACACUGCACCAUGUGAAUCUAGUUAGAGUUCUGGGAUAUUGCACCAAGAGGGAAGAAAAGAUGCUGGUAUAUGAGUACAUGCCAAACAAGAGCUUGGAUCACUACCUUUUUGAUCCAAGUAGUAGUAAUCUUUUGGAUUGGAAGCAACGUGUCCACAUCAUUGAAGGGGUAAUUCAAGGGCUUCUAUAUCUCCAAGAAUACUCAAACUCUACAAUAAUUCACCGUGAUCUGAAAGCAAGCAACAUUCUGUUAGAUGAUGAGAUGAAGCCAAAAAUAUCAGAUUUUGGUCUAGCCAGAGCUUUCAGAAAGAAUGAACAUGAGGCAAACACUGGUCGCAUUGUAGGAACAUAUGGCUAUGUUCCCCCUGAAUAUGUAAGAAGAGGCAUUUAUUCCAUGAAAUACGAUGUUUACAGCUUUGGUGUUCUGCUUCUGCAAAUCAUAAGUGGCAAGAGAAGUUCAUGUUUUUAUGGCCUAGAUGGAAAUUUAAACAUUCUAGAACACGCAUAUGAGUUGUGGAGAGAAGGCCAAGGCAUGGAUUUCAUAGAUCCAACCCUAGAUGAUUCGACUUCGUCUUGCAAGCUCUUAAGAUGCAUGGUGGUAGCCUUAUUAUGUGUCCAAGAAAAUCCAGUAGAUAGACCAUCCAUGCUGGAGGUUUGUUCAAUGCUCAAGAGUGAAAUUGCAGCCAUCAUUAGUCCUAAAAAGCCUGCUUUCUCGGUUAAGAAGGACGAAGAUGAGGAUCAUAUAUACAAAUUCAGGGAAGAAAUCAAUUCAGUCAAUGAUGCAACAAUGUCUGAAAUUGUGCCCCGAUGACAAUUCUUUCUGAAACAUAACAUCAAACUAUGAAACCAAAAACAAGUGGUUGUUCAAUGUUAGAUCGCAACAAACGUGACACGCUACCGCAUUGAUAAUAUCCUAAUCUUCAACAGUUCACAACAACGUAUACGGCAGGUUGACAGGUCGGCAGAGGUAAGGAACUUGUCAUACUUGCAGAAGAAAAAUGUUACACAUACUUCAUAUUAAAUUCACACAAAUUGACAGGGAGUCAUAUUAAACAACACUAGGUCCAACUCGUGUUAUGAACAACCAGAUCCAUAUGACCGCCUGUGAGAUAAAUCGAUGAAGUUUGUACUCGAACAGUAUCUUUGGGUACUCUGAAGUAUGACAUAGUCUGAUAGUAUGUUAUUACAUAAAAAAACACCUGUUGAUGUUGUCCAAGGAUUCUUCUAUACUCUAUAGCUUAGUCAACAAUUGAAAAUAGUUUCUUGCUUACGUUUUAAGGUUCAUAAUUUCCAAAUGUGGUCCUUUUUUUCCAGAGAACAUGAUUGAUGGAAUGUGACAACAAGAAAAUAGAUGUGUAUUCAAUAGCCAUUUGUCUUCCACAUGAUGAUCAGUACGUUGGUAUCCUUGUACCACAAAUCAAAGUACCUAUCUUUCCAUGGAGUUUUCUAGUGGCUCAUGCUUUGGUCAAUAUUGAUCAUUCUCGAUUUCUCGUCCCAAUUGUAGACUCUAGUCUAGCAU